AAAAAUAAAAUGCAACACGUGCUGAUAAUAUAGAUUAGCUCGAAGAUGAUGAUGAUAUUUAACUCAGUUGUUAGUCAAACUUGCUAAUGACAACACCAAUUGCUACUUAGUAACGCUAGAGCUAACAAUGACGCAAGUUAUUUUAAAAAUUUUAUUAUUUUUAUAUCUCUACGGUAUAUCUUCGAGUUCUUUUAGACCGAUGCGUAUCGAGUCAAUUAAAAAUUUAAAUAGUUCAGUUUUGCCGGCUAAAGAAGAAUUUAUUGGCGGGCAAUGGCAUCAGUGUUACAGAAAUUGUGAUGAUAACGUUAAACGUACUUGUAAAUAUACAUUUAUACUUAAACAAUACACAUCAAUGAGUUACGCAUGUCGUGAUUGUCCCUUUAAUAAAGAUGAUUGUUUUUUAAACGGUUGCAUUACUGCUGGUGGUCAUAUUCGUCCUGUCACUGUUGCUAAUCACAUGUUACCUGGACCAAGUAUUCAAGUUUGUGAAGGAGAUACAAUAAGAGUUAAUGUAAUAAAUAAUUUUCCAAGUGAUUCCGCGACAAUACAUUGGCACGGUAUUCAUCAAAUAAACACACCAUUCAUGGAUGGUGUACCAUUUAUUACACAAUGCCCAAUAUUACCUCAUAAUAAAUUUACUUAUGAAUUUAAUGCAUCACCUGCUGGUACCCACAUUUGGCAUUCACAUAUUGGAUUCGAAGAAGCAGACGGACUGUAUGGAAGUUUAAUUGUAAGAAAACCCAAUGACCCAUUAAAAAAAUACUAUGACUAUGAUUUAGCAGAGCACGUUAUGACGAUAUGGCAUUGGUAUGAUAUGUCUACUGUCUCUAAAUUAGCAACUGUACUUCAUAGAUACUCAAGUGUAUACGGCUAUAGUUUUUUAAUCAAUGGUUUGUCCUCCAAAGCCAAGUUUGUUUCGCAAAACAACUCUUACGAAACGCCUAAAGAAAUAUUUCACGUAAACAAAGGCAAAAAAUAUAGAUUUCGAGUAAUGUUCAACAGUCCAAUUUACUGUCCCGUCCAAGUGUCAGUGGACAAUCACCAGUUACUGAUGAUUGCUUCAGAGAGUAGUGUUUUUGAGCCGGUACUUGUUGAUACUUUUAUAAUAAAUGCCGGCGAACGUUAUGACUUUGUACUAGAGGCCAAUCAAAAGCCGGAUAAUUACUGGAUUAGAUAUCGUGGCAUGGGAGAUUGCAACAAAAAUGGAAUUAAAAUAUCCGAAGUUGGUAUUCUUCAUUACAAUAAUACAGAGGAAAACGAGCCCAAGGGUUCCACCAGUUAUGAAGAUGGAUAUCGUUCCGGUGUGUUAUUAAAUCCCAUGGCUAUUUUAGCUGAUAAUUAUUCAAAUAACUCGGUAAUUAAAGUUACUGAACUUAACAAUACUGAAGACAAAUCCAAGGAUAUAUCAAGGACUCCAGAUCAUGUAUUUUAUUAUAAAUUUUCAUUUAAUACUUACAUGUCUCAUUAUGCACCGGGACCGUACCCGCAGAUAAAUGACAUAAGCUUUGAAUACCCAUCAGUGCCAUUGUUAACGCAACAUGAUGAUUUAUCAGAAUCAUCAAUAUGCUAUAAGGAAAAUUAUAAAAAUAAAGAAUGUCUUGACGGUUUAUGCAAAUGCCCACUAGUUUAUCAAGUAGAAAAAGACAGCCUGGUUGAAAUGAUCUUUGUGGACGUAGCUGACGACCGGGAUCAAGAUCAUCCGAUACAUUUGCACGGGCACGACUUCCAUGUGGUCGCAAUGGUAUCAAUGGGAGCUAAUGUUUCAUUCCCACAAGUAAAACGUAUGAAUGACCAGGGACUGAUUGAAAAAAAAUUUUAUCGUGCUCCAAUCAAAGACAACGUCAGUGUUCCCGCCAAGGGAUUCACUGUCAUACGUUUCGUAGCUUCCAAUCCCGGAUACUGGUUUCUCCAUUGUCACCUGGUCAAUCACAUGGAAAUGGGGAUGGGUUUUAUCCUUAAAGUUGGACAACACUCACAAAUGACGAGAUCUCCGAGUAGUUUUCCUAAAUGUGGAAAUUACCAUCAUUAUAAAUAAAAAUUUAGUUUUAUUUUUUUAAGCUCCCUAUCAAUGCAAUAAGUAUUUAGAUUUAAAAUAAUAAAAUCAGUAUUUUAGAUUGUUAAAUAAAUUUAUAAUAAAUAUACAUAUACAUAUAUAUUUGAACAAUUAUUAUUUUGACAUCUUUAAAAGGACUGAAUAAAAUAAAUGAAAUCUGAUUGGUCAACAGCAGACGCGUGUUGGUAAAGGUCUUGGUUUUGUGUGUUUGUGGGUGUGGUUGUAGUAAAUGUCUGGUUGUUUCUGAUGUUUCUGAUGAUGUCAACGGAUUAAUUAUAAGUCAAAUAGUCAUUUAAUAAGAAAUUGAGGUGAUUUCAAAAAGAAAAAAAAAAUUAUUUAACCUCUAAAGAUGCCAGG